ACAAUUAUGUCCUUAUCUACCCGCCACCCGUGUGGUUGUUGGAGAUAUUGACCCAAGGGUAGGCCACCUUUGUGUAUACAAUAAUAUACUAUACAUAUGCGUUUAGUUUCUCUACCAAAAUUCUCGAUUCCCAGAAGUUUCAGGAUUGCAGAUACACCACGUGCAUGGCUCAAGCAGUAGGUAAUAAUGCUGAGAAGAAGCUUAUUCGGAUUGAUGUCAGUUCAGACACUGUUUGCCCAUGGUGUUUUGUGGGCAAGAGAAAUCUGGACAAAGCUGUAGCUUCAUCAAAAGAUCAAUAUGAUUUUGAGAUUAGAUGGCACCCUUAUUUUCUUAAUCUUUCUCUCCCUAAAGAAGGCAUUUGCAAGAAAAGUUAUUACGAUCAUAGGUUUGGUACCAAACGAUUUGAACAAAUGUUUGCUCAGAUGAAAGAGAUUUUCAAGGGUUUUGGGCUGGAGUACAACAUUUCCGGUCUCACGGGAAAUACUAUGGACAGCCACAGGCUUAUAUAUUUUGCUGGCCAACACGGCCUUGAUAAGCAGCACAAUCUUGUGGAUGAGCUGUGCGUUGGCUACUUCACACAGGGAAAGUAUAUAGGUGACAGGGAAUUUCUCGUGGAAUGUGCAAGAAAGGUCGGGGUAGAAGGAGCAGCAGAGUUUCUCGAGGAUCCAAAUAAUGGAUUGAAGGAGGUUAAUGAGGAGGUUGAGGAGUACUCAUCGCGCAUCACCGGAGUCCCAUACUAUUUGAUUAAUGGGAAGCUGAGGCUUAGCGGUGGCCAACCGCCACUAGUCUUCCUCCAAGCUUUUCAAACCGCUGCAAGUGGUGGCGCCUAGAACUUAACCAAGGUUCAUUUAGAGUCAUGACUAAAGAUGUGUGGUUUUUGGCCAUUCCUAAAGAAAAAUAAAUAAAUGGCUUGUUAAUAAACAUAUCUCAAUUUGUUGGUCAUGUAUUGUUUCUAUGGAUACCUUGAAACUUCCCAAGUAGAAGGAUAUAAAUGUUGUACGGUAAAGCUUGGUUUUGUUAACAAGAUAUACAUUUCAUUUGCAGAAACAUAUAGAGUUCAUUGGUGUUGGAUUUGAA